AGAAUAUCCGGGAGACGUCAUCAGCCCUCACCGGCACCGUGACAGCCCGCAGCACGGACACAUCACACCGGCUAAAGUUAUCUCCGAAAGUGGGGUAGCUUUUUACUUGUCAUGGCUGAACAGACUGUCGUGGAGAAAAUGAGCGAAUUGCAAGUGAACGAAGGCAACAAGGGUGGAGCUGAAAGUGGUAAAGAUGGUGGAAAGAAGAAGGCUAAAAAUGCUGCUGGGGACUCUGGAGGCAGGGCAGAGCUGUCGCCGGCUCCUCAAUACAUUGAUGAGCGUCUGACUUUGUACACAAAGUUGAAGGCUGAGCAUGACGCUCUGAUGGCAGAGAGGGCUGCAAAGGAUAGCAAACCUAUCAAGGUGACCCUGCCCGAUGGAAAGGUGGUGGAGGCUGAGUCCUGGAAGACCACACCAUACCAGGUGGCCUGUGGAAUCAGCCAAGGCCUGGCUGACAACACUGUGAUCGCCAAAGUAAACAACGGCGUGUGGGACCUGGACAGACCUUUGGAAGAUGACUGCAGCCUUCAGUUGCUCAAAUUUGAUGAUGAAGAAGCUCAAGCUGUUUACUGGCACUCCAGUGCCCACAUCCUGGGUGAGGCCAUGGAGAAGGUGUAUGGAGGCUGCCUCUGCUAUGGACCCCCCAUCGAGAACGGCUUCUACUAUGAUAUGUUCCUGGAGAACAAUGAGGGUGUAUCAAGCAACGACUUCCCCUGUCUGGAGAACUUGUGCAAGAAAAUCAUCAAAGAGAAGCAGCCAUUUGAGAGGCUGGAGAUAAAGAAGGAAACACUGUUGGAAAUGUUCAAGUACAACAAGUUUAAGUGCCGCAUUCUGAAUGAGAAAGUCACCACUCCAACUACCACAGUUUAUAGAUGUGGUCCUUUGAUUGACUUGUGCCGGGGCCCCCAUGUGAGACACACCGGAAAAAUCAAGGCACUUAAGAUCCACAAGAAUUCUUCUACAUACUGGGAGGGAAAGGCAGACAUGGAAACCCUCCAGAGGAUCUAUGGAAUCUCCUUUCCUGACCCCAAAAUGCUCAAAGAGUGGGAGAAGUUUCAGGAGGAGGCCAGGAACAGAGAUCACCGCAAACUGGGCCGGGAACAGGACCUGUUCUUCUUCCAUGACCUGAGUCCAGGGAGCUGCUUCUUCUUGCCUAAGGGGGCCUUCAUCUACAACACCCUAAUUGAGUUCAUCAGAAGUGAGUACAGGAAGAGAGGUUUCCAGGAGGUGGUGACGCCUAACAUCUACAACAUCAAACUUUGGCAGACCUCUGGGCAUUGGCAGCAUUACAGCGAGAACAUGUUCAUGUUUGAGGCUGAGAAGGAGACCUUUGCCCUCAAGCCCAUGAACUGCCCUGGACAUUGUCUGAUGUUUGAUCACCGGCCUCGCUCCUGGAGAGAGUUGCCCAUUCGCAUGGCCGACUUUGGCGUACUGCACAGGAACGAGCUGUCAGGAGCCUUGACUGGUCUCACCCGUGUCCGCCGCUUCCAGCAGGAUGAUGCUCAUAUCUUCUGCUCCAUGGACCAGAUUGAGGAGGAGAUCAAGGGCUGCCUGGACUUCCUGAGGACUGUCUAUGACGUGUUUGGCUUCACUUUCAAACUCAACCUUUCCACAAGACCAGAGAAGUUCCUGGGAGACUCGGCAAUCUGGGACCAAGCGGAGAAGCAACUGGAGAACAGCUUGAAUGACUUUGGAGAGAAAUGGGUUCUCAACCCGGGCGAUGGCGCUUUCUACGGACCCAAGAUCGACAUUCAGAUAAAGGAUGCCAUUGGUCGAUACCAUCAGUGUGCCACAAUACAGCUUGAUUUCCAGCUACCAAUUCGCUUCAAUCUCACCUUUGUCAGCCACGAUGGUGACGAUAAGAAGAGACCCGUGAUCAUCCACAGAGCCAUCCUGGGAUCAGCAGAGAGGAUGAUCGCUAUUCUGACUGAAAACUACGGAGGCAAAUGGCCGCUGUGGAUCUCUCCUCGACAAGUGAUGGUUGUACCCGUGGGACCAACCUGUGAGGAGUACGCUGAGAAAGUCAAGCAGGAAUUCCACAACAGCGGCUUCAUGACUGACGUGGAUCUGGACCCCGGCUGCACUCUGAACAAAAAGAUCAGAAAUGCACAGUUGGCACAGUACAACUUCAUCCUGGUCGUGGGAGAGAAGGAGAAGACGAGCAACACUGUGAACGUUCGCACCCGGGACAACAAAGUCCACGGUGAGCGCAGUGUGGAGGAGUGCAUCGAGCGUCUCAAACAGCUCAAGACCACCAGGAGUCGGAACGCCGAGGAGGAAUUCUGAGCUUUCUCAACAGUACCUCUAUUCUCCUGAAAGAUAGUUUUGUUUCUUUGAAGUGGGGUUGUAUGAGGUCCUUAUUCAUAGUCGGUGCGUUACUGUACGAUGGAUCACAGCUUGAAGAGGCAGAGAGGACUGCUGGUGGGAAAACUAAGGAGUGUACUGCUGUGCAUGAGGUCAGCAGCUAAAUGUAUGAUGUUUACCUAAAAAUGCUGUUUAUUAUAUAACCUCAAUGCUUUACCUUGCCGUCAGUCCUUUUCAAUAGCACUGCAUUUUCUCAAUUGUAGAGCUUCUGUGCAAGAUACUCAUGCACUAUAUUUCAGAGGUGUAAUACAGAGCACGGCCCGAUGUGUAAGGACACGGAAAAUAUGGUUGAGAAAAUAUAGUACCAAAGGAAAGGGCUUUUUGACGGCAAGGUCACGUAGUGAGAAUAUUCUAAAAAUAGCAUAAACUCAUACAGAUAUUGAUUUUUCAUCUUGUUAGGUGGCUGAAAUGCAUUUCACUGCUGACCUCAUUCACAGCGGUACGCUGCUUAGCAUUCUCUGCCUGCUUCUGCAGACUGAUCCACUGUAGGUAGCACACCGACUAUAGGUGAGUGCCUCAUUUAGCCCCACAACAGAGAUCCAAACGAUUCCUUCAACAGGGCUACAUGGUCAAAAUUCAGUUUUUUAUAGGGGGGUACAACUGCCUUUAAAUGUUGCCUCCUCGUCUGUACUUGUCAAAGAAAUCACAUUUUUCUGCUGCGACUGUCUUCCUGGUGUCUUCCGUUGCCUGUUUGUAUCACUGUUAUCAAAUCACGGGAUUUAUGUACUCCAUGCAAUGAAGUUUAAUUCUGCUUAUACUGAAAUCCAGCUAGUAGGACUGUAAUGUGAUCGGGUUUUUGAAGAGCUUUACAGAACACCCGUGUAAAUAAAAAGUGCACCGUAAACUUCUCUUGAACCCUUUUGCAUAUGUAAUGAACUGAUCUGAACGGAGGGGUUUGUACCACUGUCUUAACAGUUUGUAUCAGUCACUCAUUAUUGCUUCAGGGAAUUGUACAUGAGUUACAAUUUUGAUAAUUAAACAGUCUAUUCUUUA